AUGAAACUCUCCGUCUUCAGCACCAAAUCCUACGACCGCACCUACCUCGACGAAGUCCUCACAACACGCUUCCCCACCCUCUGCACAAUCGAAUACCACGCCUUCGCCCUAACCGAAGAAACCGCUCCGCUCGCCCUAUCCAGCAACGCAGUAAGCGUCUUCGUGAACGACACGCUCGACGCACCCGUCCUCCGAGCCCUACACGCCGGCGGCGUCCGUGCAAUCCUCCUCCGCUGCGCAGGCUUCAACCACGUCGAUCUCAGCACGGCCGAAGAACUAGGCCUCUUCGUCGCGAACGUUCCAGCAUAUUCCCCCGAGGCCGUCGCCGAGUUUGCAGUCACGCUUAUCCAGACGCUGAAUCGGAAGACGCAUCGGGCGUAUAAUCGGGUGCGGGGAGGGAAUUUUAAUAUCGAGGGUUUACUGGGCACGACGCUUCAUGGGAAGACGGUGGGGAUUGUAGGGGUAGGACGGAUUGGACUUGCUGCUGCGAGGAUCUUUCUCGGGUUUGGAUGUCGGUUGUUAGCGUAUGAUCCGUUUGCUGGAGAGGAGUUCAAGCAGUUCGGGACGUUGGUGAAACUGGAUACGCUGCUGCAGGAGAGUAAUAUUGUCAGUUUGCAUUGUCCGUUGACAGAUGGCACGAGACAUUUGAUUAAUGGGGAAACGCUGGCGCGGAUGAAACCCGGUGCUAUGCUGGUGAAUACCUCGCGUGGAGGAUUGAUUGAUAGUGCGGCUGUGAUUGAGGCGCUGAAGACGAGGCAUUUGGGUGGGCUGGCGUUGGAUGUGUAUGAGGCGGAGGGGGAGUUGUUUUAUAAUGAUCAUUCUGGGGAGAUCAUUGAUGAUGAUGUUUUGAUGCGGUUGAUGACGUUUCCUAAUGUGUUGAUUUGUGGGCAUCAGGGGUUCUUUACGAGUGAGGCGCUGACGGAGAUUGCGGGUGUGACGUUGUCGAAUCUUUCUGAUUUUGCGGAUGGGCGGUCGUGUCCUCGUUCUCUUGUUGCCGAGGGACAUGUACUGGUCCGGACGGAUACGGCACCUGUGCGGUUGUAA